GUCACUUUUAAACAAACAUAAAUUAAUGAAAAAUUACCUAAAUUAUAUGGAAUAUUAAAUAAACCAAAUAUGAAAAACGAACUCGACACAAUUGCUUCUUUAGAGCAUCUUCAAAAACAGGCAUUAGAAAUUCUUGAGAAAUUUCCAAACAAAGUUGCUGAUUUGAAUAAUAUUAUCGAAAUCUAUGAGCCAGUUUCAAUCAAAUCCAAUACUAAUGAUACUCAACUGGUUAAUAAACUCUGUGGAUCAUCAACAAAUAGAGAAUUUAUUAAAGUUACUUCAGGAGUUUCAGGAAAAUUAAAUAAUUCUAAUUUUGAUAUAAAUUCUUUGACAAGUUAUUCAUUGACUACAUGUAAUGAAAGAGGACGAAGUCGGCAUGCUAUUUGUAAACGACGUUGCUACCGUGUUCAUGGAUCUCAUCGUUCAUUAUUACGUCGUCGUCCGGCAGUUUUAGGUCAACUGAUUGCUUUUAUAGCUAGUAAAUUAGCAGUUUCGACAAAAACUGUUAUUAUUACAUCUUCUUGGCACAUAAUGGAUUAUAUAAUUUCCAUGUUUUUCCGGAGACGUCAAUUGAAAAAUGCCCAAUGUGGUCCUUGUGCUGAUUGGAGUAAUACGUUGUCAACUCGUAUUGUUCCUUUGGAGGAAGAUACCACGACUGUUGGCAAAUUGAUCAUAAUACUGAGGCCAAUAAUAGUCCAGUUCAUUGCUGACACAACAAUCUUGAAGCGGUGGCUUCAAGCGUUAACCAUAAAGAUCGUUGAACCGACUGUUGAACUCAUGAAUGCAACCCGCAACACAGAAACUAUUGAUUGUUGGGCUUAUGAAUUCUUUUUUCAUCUCAAGUAUCUGCAAGUCAAUCGAGCGCGUAAUGAUAAUAAAGUAGCAACGAAUGACGGUGAUGUGAACGAUAAUGUUACACAUUUGAACCUUUGGAAUCAGAUAGUGCAGCUGAGAGACAACUACAUCAUCUUGUAUGAAGCUUUAUGCGUGAACACUAAAAUAAGAGAAAUUAUUUCAUAUUGUAAAUGACAUGAAAAAUAAUGGUGAUAUUUAUUAAUAGCUGCUUUAUAAUCUUAA